AUGCAGCAGUACGUGCUCGAGUACCUCCAGGAACGCCGACGCUGCGGCGAGAAGCUGCCCUUCUACCUGUCCAACGCUCUCUUCUCAGUCUAUGCAUCCGCGCUGUUCAGCAACUGGAAAAUCUCCAUCAUUCGCGCGGAGUCGGCGGAGAUGAUGGACUCGAACGAGAUGGCGCAGAACAUCUUCUCCAAGCUUGAGGCGUACCUCACCACGGAGGAGGCGCUGGACUGCGUGCUGGAGAUACUCACCUUUUUUGCGCGGCAGAAUUCGCGCCUCAGCAUCUUGUCUGUGAAGAGCAGCUUCGCGAAGCAGGUGCUGCCAUUCUUCUUUAGCGCGGCAGCUAAUAUGCUGUCGAGCGCGCCGGAGAAGGCGGCUCUGGUGUGCAGCACGGCCCUCGAGUGUGCGCCAGAGUUGGAGGCCCCGCUGGUGCGGCUGCACCACCCCUCUGACACCUCCAUCACGGUUCUGCGGUGGCCGGCGUGGGCCCCGGCGCUGUCGCAGGUGAUGAAUGAGUGCGGCCAGGCGCUCCUCAACCAUCCAGAGGGUCCGUGCGCUGCGCUGUACUCGCGCCUGCUGCGCCAGUGCUCCACCGUGACGAGUCCGCAGGAGGAAUACAUUGCCAGUCGUGACGACGUGGCGAAUGUGCUGCUAGACGUGUCGGGCCGACUCCUGCUGAAGGUGCAGGAGAAUCCAGAGAGGACGGAGCUGCUCCGGCUGGCCUGUGCGCUGCUCGUGAACACGUUUGAGCGGAACGACGAGACUACGGUUGCAUAUCUGGCGCGCGACCCCGGUGUGAUUCGCGUCUGGGCGGAUGCGACACGCUACGUCCUUGGCCGCCCGUUUGACGAGGAGGAGGCUGACCUGCGCCAGGCGCUGCUGCACCUCUUCUUUAUGAUUGCGGAGCGCAUGCUACCACCCAAACCGCGUGGUGGCCGCGGUCUCGACGAGUCGUUCACCGGGCACUACGGCGCAUGCACACCGCCGCGAACGCGAGAGGGCUGCUCGACGGAGCAGGGCUUCUCUCCCGAGCGCGUGGGUCGCCCGGUGCAACCGCAGCUGCACACGUCGCCGCCCUCGGCCCCUCGCGGACCACUCUCCGCCGAACGCACCCGGGAGGUGGAGCAGCAGGUGAUCGACAUCUUCAGCACGUACGUCGACCUCGUCAUCAACACGGCGCAUGAGCGGGAGGAGUCGCAGGAGCUGCGCACCGGCUCCACCUUUGUGCUGCAAACGGAGCGGAUACUGCAGCCCAUUGCCGAGGUGCUCUUCUGCGAGCGCAUCGAUCUCCUGCCACAGCUGGUUGACCGCCUGCAGCAGACAAUUCACCAGUACGAGCUGUGCGUCCGCGCGCGUGGAGAGCAGCAGGCAGCCAUGCAUAGUUCUGCCGCCGCUGGCGGCGGCGGCGGUAGCGACAGUUUCGGCUUGAGCGCGCGGUCGCUGCUGCAGGAGCUGUACAUGACGCUGGCGGUGCAGAACAUGAGCGUGGGCGCGGGGCGGAGCUGCCCAGCGGAGACUGCAGAGUCCACGCCGCUCUUCUUCACGUACGUGUGCCUCUCCCGCCUUUCCGUGAUCGUCUCCGUCUUUGCCAUCGCGCUGCUACAGGGGACGGCGAGCCGCGAUGACUCCGUGCUCGGUGCCAUCGCAUCCUUUGCGCGCCAGCUCUUGGGGCAAGAGGACCAGGUGACAGAGAACCUGCUGCAGUGCCUCUCGCUUCUGGACGACGACACCGACGACUUGAACGGCUUCGGUGGCGCUACAGCACCCGCAGCGCCGACCUCUUCCGGCCCUGUGGCCCAGGUGCACAUUGGCAUCUUGCGUUCCCUCUUCUUUUUCUGCGGCUGCGUGUACGAGACGAACCUGUCGCGCCGCGAGGAGUUCUACGACAUCACCGUGAAUCUGCUGUGCUACGUGUACCGUUACCACAGCGACCAGGUGGCGCUGGUGGUGGACGCGAACAUCCUGCUGACCCGCAUCGUCGACUUCGGCUCCAGCGGCACCUUCUUCCUCGGCGCGGGGAAGCUGAUGGGCCUUAUCGAGGCUGUGAAGGAGGACCAGCUGCCGCUGCUGCAGAUGCCGCAGUUCGGCUCCGCCGACCUACGGCUGCCGAGCGAAGUGGCGGAGGCGCGCCACGGAUUCUUCACCGCAUUCACGUUUUACGUGGAGACGCGCUACUACGCCGGCUUCCCCAUUGCAGACGUCAUCAGUACCCUGACGGAGCGCUGCUUCGACGACGCCCGCAUGCAGGUGAACCCGCGCCUCAGCUUUCAGGACCUGAAGGCGAUCACAAGAGGCAUACAUCAGCCUGACACGCUGCAGUUGAUGCUGGAGUCGAUCAUACGACACAAAGAUGUCUGCUGGGCCGUCGUCCGCUACGAGGCGGCGGCGGCGGCGCCGGACAUGAUCGCGUGGCUGUCGGUGCUCUGCAGCCGCAGCUGUCAGUACAUGGACGAGGAGAACUUGUCCACGACGCAGUGGGAGCUGACGAGCUUUGUGAUGAACGUGCUGUGCUUCUACUUCAGCUACCUGUCGUACCCUUCAUCGCCCAUGACCACUGCCAGCGAUGGCACCCCAGCCUUUGGCGCCCCGUCAAACGUCGACGGAGGUGGCAUGUUGUCUGACAACGCCGACUCGUCGUUUAUCAUGAACGGGGGUAGCACGUCAACCUUCUUCUCCUUCCCGGCCGACGCCGUCGAGGCGGCUGUCGUCUACGACGUGUCCGACAUCCUCAACACGUUCUGCUCGGCGCCGUGGUGCAACCUGGGCAUCGCCCUCUAUUACGAGCGCGCCACUGUCGAACAUUUCUUCUGCGGCGCUGUGGAGCUGCUCACGACGACAUCGGUGCAGCUGCUCAUGUCGGAAGAAGGCCGCGCGCGUGUCUUCAACGCGAUGUCAGCCGCUGUGAACUCCUGCGGCCACACCUUUCAGCAGCUGCACCUCCUGUACAUGCGCCAAGGGGUAUGGAACCGGCUCGUGCGGCAGCUAACGAAGUGCCUCAGCUACAUGUACGCCCCGGACCUGAUCGACAUUCUCUACGCCAUCCUGCGUAGCGACCACCAAGCUCGGCAGCGCGUGCCGCAUUAUAAGGGCUUAGAGGAGUACACUCUCGCUGCCACCUUCAACGAGAUCUGCACACUUGUGGCCGUGGCGCCGCACCUGACGUACCGCGAGAUGUCGGCGUGCUUUGGGCUGCUACAGAUGUGCUACGACGGCGCCAAGAUGCUGUGCGGUGAGUACGCAGACCGGCUGCUGGACCUCUGCUCCGCCUACCACCGGGUGCGUCUGCGACUCAUCAUCAAUUCCCUCCGCCGCGGCGACGGCGCGCACCUGAUGACGGAGUACAUGACGUACUUUGGACAGUCGUCCAAUGUUGGGGUGCUGACGGCGUGGUAG